AUGAGAUUUGGAAGAGUUGGUGCAAUAUCUGCAAUUACUCGGGUGAAAAGAUCAGAAUCGUAUUUGGCUGGGAAGAGUGACGAUAUAGAAUUGACAGAGAAGUAGUUGAAUCGUAAUUUUGCGUUGAUAACAAGAUAGACGCAGAAAAAAUAAUGAGAAGUAUUUCAAAGGACUAGAAAUCGCUGGUUUUGUACAGAGUUCCUGUGUUGUAAGUUAAUAAUGCAAAUGGCUUAGUAUUUGGGGAAUAGGAAUAUUGAUAAUUAUGCUUUCGCUAUAUUUGCUGUACAAUUUGAUUUGGGGAUUGGAAGGGAAGGUGUUUAAGCAGGGAACCACUUGGUGGUAGUACUUUGUGUCUUUCAUAAUAAUGGGAAUAGGAAUCAGUUUUUUGAUUGCCACGAAGAGGGAGAAGCUGAUCUUCAACAAGGAAGUACAGGAAUUGUGUAUGCUUAGAAAGAUGAGAUAAUACUGUGUUAUAGGAAUAUCUGUUGUCAGAAGAAGGUAAUGGAAUAGAAGAUCUCGCAUCUGAGCAACAUGCGGAUGGUGAAGAGGGGGAUGGAUUGUAAGAGUGUUAUGGUUAAUUGAUGUUAGCAAUCCAGAAUUCGACUUUGCAUUACAAGAUUGUGCUCUCGUUCAAUGAUGGGUAGUACUUUGAGAUAUUGGAGGGGAAGAGCGAGUACAAGAUCAAGGGUUAGUUUGUGCAGAUAGCCAAAUACAUCAAUUAUGCUUAUCAAGAUCUUCAAAUAGUUGAUGAGACAUUCCAAGUGAGAUGA